AUGGACACUACUUCCUACUCCAGCGUCAUUUCCAAGGCUAAUCUCGCAAUCGUUUCGCUUGUUAUCACAACCGUAGCCUUGCAACUCCUCACUGUCAACUGCGCCACCGCCGGAAUAUCCAAAACCAGCAUCGUCACUGUUCUUAGCAUCGAUGGCGGCGGCGUCCGUGGCAUUAUUCCGGCAACCAUACUUUCAUUUCUCGAAUCCAAACUUCAGGAAAUCGAUGGACCUGAGGCACGAAUUGCGGAUUACUUUGAUGUCAUCGCCGGAACAAGUACCGGAGGGUUGAUGACGGCGAUGCUUGCUGUUCCUGGUGAUGAUAAUCGACCUCUCUACUCUGCAAAUGAUAUUAGUAACUUCUACUUUUAUCAUUCACCAAGGAUUUUUCCUCUAAUAAGCCGCAUCAAGUUCUUAAAUGCUGUAGCAAAUUUCUUUGGGGGAGUCGUCGGACCAAAAUACGACGGCGAAUAUCUCCGAUCAAUAACCAGACAGAUAUUGGGAAACGCAACUCUCAAACAAACGAUAACAGACAUAAUCAUACCAACUUUCGACAUCAAACGCCUUCAGCCGACGAUCUUCACCACCGACGAUGCAAAAGAGUUCGCCUGGAAAGAUGCUUUUCUAUCGGACGUAUGCAUAAGCACCUCCGCCGCUCCGACGUAUUUCCCGCCUCACUAUUUCGAGACCACAGACGCCGAAGGAGCUACGCGUACAUUCGAUCUGAUCGACGGCGGAGUUGCAGCAAACAACCCGACGCAAGUAGCGAUAACGCAUAUCAUGAAGGAAGUGAUGAUCGGAAAACACAAGUUCUCCGAUCUGGAGUCCGUCGACGGCAGGAGGAUGCUUGUGCUUUCGCUUGGCACCGGGAUGCCGAAACGCUCCGAGAAAUAUAAUGCCCGGAGAGCUUCACGAUGGGGUUUGGUGAAUUGGGUGUUCGACAAUGGUUCUUCUCCCAUAAUUGAUAUCUUCAUGGAUGCAAGCUCUGAUAUGGUCGAUAUUCAUGUCUCCACUCUCUUCAGAUCCCUCAAUGCUGAAAAGAAUUAUCUACGCAUUCAGGAAGACAACUUGAUAGGAGACACGUCAUCAGUCGAUAUUGCGACGGAUGAGAACAUGAAGGCACUUGAGGACGUAGGAAUAAAACUGUUGAAUGAGAAGGUGUCAAGAGUAGAUUUAGAAACCGGAAUUUUUCAAGAAGUCGAAUCUGAAGGGACAAAUUCCGAAGCUUUGACACGGUUGGCCAGAUUGCUUUGUGAGGAGCGAAAACGUCGCCAAAGUAAAUAA